AUGGCACCGACGGCGCUGCGGCCCGUGCUGCUACUGCUGCUGCUGCGCCUGGACGCAGCACGCGCCGCCGACAGCAGCUGCAAUGACGACUGCGCGUCCGUGUCCUGCCUGCCCGAGUGGUGGCGCAGCUCCAAGGCGCCGAAGCUCGUGGUGGCCGCCGUGCUCGUCUUCUUCGCCACGUUCCUGCCGCGCGUGCUCGUGCGCCUGCUCAUCUUCGUGCUCACCAAGCUGCCGUUCAUGCACCAGUACGAGCCAGCACAUGUCAAGCUCAUGUAUCUAUCUGUAUCCGAGGACUUCCGCGAGUCCUGCGUCGGCUCCACGUCGUACCUCAUCUCCAUGUCCCUCGUGCUCCUGGCGCUCAGCGUGUCGGACCUGCUCAAGUUUUUCUGCCACCUGCCCACCUACAUCUGGGGCGUAUUUUUCCUCUACUGGCUGUACUCGCUCUUCAACGUCGUCCAAAGCCUGGCUAUUCGUCGCUUUGUUGGCGCCAAUGGAGAUUUCUCCAAGAAGAUGGUCAUCUCUGAAUCGGUCAAGAUUCUCCGGUUAACGACGUUGCUGAUUAUCGCGCUGAUCAUUUACUCGUCCGCGCUGGGCAACAGCGCCACCUUGAAGUACUCGGUACUGGGAGUGAUUGGGCUGGCGAUCGCGCUGGGCUUUGUGCCGUCGUUCCACAAUGUCGUGGGUGGGCUGUUUCUCGCGUUCAACUCGCAGUUCAAAAUUGACGACUUCAUCCGCGUUGGAGACGCUGAAGGAUUCGUGCAUCGUGUGUCGUUGCGCUACACAACGGUUGUGAGCCUCGAGGGGACGACUCUGUAUGUGCCCAACAGUUUCUUUCUGUACAAGCCCAUGAUCAAUUUCUCGCAGCGACCGAAGCGAGACGUGGACUUGCAUGUUCGAGUGUCGCGCGCCACACCAGUCGAGACGCUGCGGCAGGCGCUCCGUCGCCUUGAGAGCAUGCUGCAGUCAUUGCAUGUCGGGCUCACUUCCCAUGAGGAAAACCAGUCGGACUUGCGGCAUGGCGAGAAGUGGGAGCGGUUUUACUUUGUCGCGAUGGAGGAGCUGUACACUAUCCGCGUGUACUCGUAUACGGAAGAGCUGGAUGCGCGGAAGUACGCGAUGCUCAAGUCGGAAGUCUGGCUGGCUGUGACGGAGAUCAUGGAGGAGUUGGGGAUCCGAGUGCUCAGCAAUGACGAGCCCGACAACCCGUUCGCUGAAUCGCCGCACUUCUUCAAGCGUUCAACCAGCAGUACAAGCAGCCAAGCCGGCGACAGCAGCGUCGGAGAUCCGUUCACUAGCGAGAUUGGCGCCGUGGUGGGGGCACAGCCAACCAGUAACGGAGUCAAAGGCCCGCUCACACAGCUCUGA